AUGCAAUUUAAACUAACUUCAUUAAUUGUUUUACUCCUUUCUUUUUUACAAGCUACACAAGCGAUUCAUUUUUAUCUAAAAUCAGGUCAAACAAAAUGUAUGUUUGAAAACUUAUCACAGAAUGAUUUAUUGAUAGGAGAUUUGGACAGUUCUGUAGAGAGGAAAUCAGGUAGCUUAGUCUAUGAAGAAGAUCCCAACAUCGAGUUACAAAUUACAGUAGAAGAAAUUUUUGAUAAUUUUCAUAAAGUGAUGGAUACUAAAAUUGGCAAUAAUGGUGAUUUUACCUUUUCCACAAUCGAUACUGGUGAACAUAGAAUCUGUAUUACACCAAGCUAUCCAAUUGAUAAAAACGCUCAAUUGAGAGUAUUUAUUGAUAUGGAUAUUGGUAAUUCAAAAGUUUUAGACUCUAAGAAAACUGGUGAUAUUAAAUCAUUGAAAAAUAGAGUUAAUCAGUUAAUCCUAAGAUUAUCUAAUAUAAGAGCCGAACAAAGAGUAUUCAGAGAAAAAGAAGCUCAAUUUAGAAAUAAGAGUGAAAGUGCUAAUAGUAAGAUCACUUUUUGGUCUAUUGUUCAAGUGUUGACUCUAAUUGCCGUUUGUGUUUUCCAAUUACGCUAUUUGAAAAACUUUUUUGUCAAAGCCAAAGUUUUGUAA